AUACAUUAUGGCACUAUCUCUUCCUUACCCAACAUCUCAACUCCAUCUUGUUUCUUUCUUCCAUCCUUUAUUUGUUCCAAAAUAACAACACAGAGGAACAAGAUGGAGACCCGUGCAGCUGCAAAGAGAAAGGCAACCGCUGCUGCUGCUCCCAUGGUGGUGGUCCAAAAACAACAUCCCAAAAGGCAGCGUGUUGUGCUGGGUGAACUUUCAAAUUUUCCGAAUGCAACUCAAAACAAACGCAAAGAGAAACUACAAUGUCGGAAGAAUCCAAAUUUAAAGAAACCAUCUCCCACAGAGUUCAUUUCCUCUUCCUCACAGUUUGACCAACCUUACGUUUUCGACAUCUAUGAGUAUCUUCAUGGGAUGGAGAUGCAGAAGAAGAGGAGACCAAUGAUUGACUACAUCGAGAAAGUUCAGAGAGAAGUUACUGUAAUCAUGAGGACAAUAUUGGUGGAUUGGUUAGUGGAGGUAGCUGAAGAGUACAAUCUUCACUCGGAUACCCUUCAUCUCUCUGUUUCAUACAUAGAUAGAUUUUUAUCAGUGAAUCCUGUUAGUAAGUCAAGACUUCAAUUACUUGGUGUUUCGGCCAUGCUCAUUGCUGCAAAGUAUGACGAAGUUGAUCCACCCCGUGUUGAUGCUUUUUGCAACAUCACUGACAACACAUACAAGAAGGCAGAGGUUGUAAAGAUGGAAGCUGACAUACUCAAGUCUCUAAAGUUUGAGAUGGGAAAUCCUACUGUGAACACCUUUCUAAGGAGGUUUGUUGAUGUUGCUUGUGAUAACCAAAAGGCUUCAAAUUUACAGUUUGAAUUUCUAAGCUGCUAUCUUGCUGACCUAAGUUUGUUGGACUACGAUUGCUUGAGAAUUUUGCCUUCUAUAGUGGCAGCUUCAGCUGUAUUUCUUGCCAGAUUUAUUAUUGCUCCUGAAGUUCAUCCUUGGACUUCUUCCUUGUCUGAGUGUUCUGGUUACAAACCAGUUGAACUGAAAGAAUGUGUCAUGAUUUUGCAUGACUUGUAUUUUUCAAGAAAGGCAGCGCCUUUCAAAGCUGUCAGGGAGAAAUACAAGCAGCACAAGUUCAAGUUCGUAGCAAGAUUGCCUUCUCCUCCACAUAUACCAAGUCAUUACUUUGAAACUCAGUGAUGCACUGAGAAUCCUUCAUAAAAACGCCUCAAUCAGAAAAGAUAUCAUUUUUGUGCACUGAUUUACUAAGAUGGAAGUUGGUAUCUUUUAAAUGUAUAUUUGAUCUGAAAGAGCAACAGGAUAGGUUAGGUACCACUGUUCUGUCACUUUUACCGUGAAUCAUCAUGGAAAAAAGUGAUGGGUCGAUUAACAGGAUGAAGACUUUUAUCUGCAUUUUUAUCACUGAGCCUAAGGAAAAAUGUACACAUCCAUGAUCUAUAUACUACUGAACACAGUUGCUGAGUAUUAUUGUUAUAGUUUUGAUUCAAGAUGGACUGAAAAUCAUUAGUUCUUCCAAGAGAACUUUCAUUCGGGUGAAGUAGGAAAUGUGUUUGUCAUAAUGAGAAUUUCUUCUGAAUUUGGAAGGAUUUAGUUCUUUCUAUGUGGAAAGAGGAAUUUGAGAUCUUGCUUCACAUCAUUGAUCCACAUGUUGAUAAUUGCAAUCUCGAGGAAGACAGUGAUUCAACCAAGAAAGCAGCAACAACUUAUUAUAGUACUUCCAAACAGAAUACCAAGGGAUAUUGAUUUCUGUGUCUCGAGAUGGUAGCAUCAACAUAUUUCCAUCUAUUCGCCUUCUGCAAAGCAUGACUUGAGUUUUGUUGGUGUUGAUUUAGAAGUCUUCUACAUGGGAGAUGAGCUUCAAUUUAAUGCAUAAUGAACCCUCCCAAGACUAUUGUGAGGUGAACUUUUAUGAUCACUAGACAUAUUCAACAAUGUCAACUACUCGAUUGAGAUGUAAACACUGAAAUUAAGGAAGACCAAAGGAGAAGGUGUUGAAAUCUCUAGUGAAGGAAAUAAAAAUGUAUAAACUUUUAAUGGUUUUAUUUUUAAAUAUUUUGUUGGAAAGAAUGGUUUUAAAUUUUUGUUUUAGUAAAUUUUUUAAACUAU